UAAAUGCUGGACUGGCGUGUGUUCCUUGUAAUGGUUUGUUACUCUCCAGAUUUCUCCUUUUAACUCUCAUUAACACUAUGAACCACUGUACAAGAAAUGUAUUUACUGGUGACUGGAAUUUACUCCUACGGUCUAUCCAAAAACUACAGACAAAGUGCUACCAGUGUUCGGGAACGGCACUUAUGAGUCUUAGCCGGGGUCAGACCACUGCCACAAAGCAAGCUCCAGAUCCUGGAAAACGAGAGAAACUUCCACUUCGAGCCAUUGACUUGGCUCGAAAGUUCCGGCAGGAGAAGUCCAAUACCAGGGCAGCGGAGCCCCCUCUCUCCGCCUAUCAGAAGAGGGUGGUGGACUUAAAACGGUUCAGUCUGCAGCUUCAAAAUGUUCAUCCCAACGUGCUGGCGAAGCACCUGAGCAGAAGCGUGCUGUACCAGGAUCAGCAAGUGGUCGUCAUCAACAAGCCCUAUGGUGUUCCUCUCAGAGAUUCCUCUGGGGAGACAUCCGUCUCCUCUGUGCUUCCUGUCCUCUCCAAAAUGAUGGACGGUAUGAAGAUCAAGUCAGAUUCUCAGCUGUUUCCCUGUCUUGGCCUGGAGAAGGAAAUGACAGGCGCUCUCCUGCUGGCAAGGAGCGAAGAAGUGGUGGAGCACGUGCGGGAACUCAACAGAAGUAAUCAAGUGGAGAGAAAGUACUGGCUGGUCACAGUGGGUGUACCUGUGCCAUCUGAAGGCAUGAUUGACAUUCCCAUCAUAGAGAGAGAAGUCACCGGUUCUCAGCCUCACUACAAGAUGGCUUUAAGCCCCGUUUACAGAAUGAAUGACACAGGAGAUGGACUAACUAAAGUUCGAGCCAAUCGCCAAUCCCUUCCUGCCGUCACGAAGUACAAAGUCCUGGACAGUAAUGGUGGAUGUAGCCUUGUGGAACUGGAGCCUCUUACUGGAGUAAAGCACCAGAUGAGGGUUCAUAUGGCAUUUGCAUUGGCAUGCCUCAUUUUGGGCGACCACAAAUAUUCACACUGGAGCAAACUGGCACCACAGAAAUUACCGGAGCGCAUGCUGGGCAAGCUCGGUCUCGAACAGAGCAAGAUCCGACAUCUUCCACUUCACUUACACGCUCGUCAGCUGACACUGCCCAGAAUCGGUCUUGGGAACAUCAGCGUGCAAUCCCCGAUGCCAAAGUUCUUUACGCAAACACUCAGUCGACUAAAUUUAACUUUUCCAAAGGAAAAAGAUGACUAAUGACCUUGUGGCUUUGAGUGUUUCCAUUAAAUUGGAUAUACUGUCCAGUAGAUUUCAGAUUUAAUAAAUGUAUCUGUGGUUGGUUUUAUGAGGCAUCAUAAUAUGAAUGUCAUUAUGAAAACACACAGAACACAAUGGUCAACACGACUUCUGAUGUAAGGACUGUCCAUUUGUAUUUAAUCAUCUGUACACAAAGAUGUUGAAAAUGUUUUUUAUGAGUCUCUCAAUCACAACCUUUGACCUGAGAAAGUUUCUAGUCUCCCGAAAGACUACAAUGUAGCACUUUACCUUGAGACGACUUAGAUCAAACACUUUGAAAACAGGCACAAGGUCAUCUUUGUACAUAUCAACACAAUACAAAAAAAGGUGAGCAGUGGUCCCUGCUAGGAGGUUGGCAUGGUAACAAAAAGUAUGAGGUUAAAGAGCAAACGGUUAAAUACCC